AUGAGACCAUGUCUGGGCACUACAAGUCCCAGCAGGCUUAGCGCCAUGCAAGGAAGUGUUGUUGUUUAUGUGCGGACACUUUAUUUCCUGAUUGCGGCGUAAAUUAACAACAGGUUGUAGAUUGCUCAGCGCUAUAUAAGUGAGUCAAAGUUUGUUUGCCAUUUUGCUGUCGUUGUUGCAUUCUGGUCGCGGCACGUAAAGGCCGGUAGGUAGUAAGUUUAUUUGUGUGAUGUGCGGUCUCUCUCUCUUUCUCGCGGAGUUUCCUUUUUUUAACGCAUGCAUAAACUGACAUUUAUAGAGUCCACACUUCACGUGAGGGGUAGCUGAUGAGCAAACAACAUUUAAUGCUGCCAGAUCUUCAUAGCGAACUUAUUUAAAGAGUGCUAUUACGGGAUCAUUGUUUGCUGAUUGUUGCCUGAGUGUCAGCAUGGGAAAUUAAGGAUCUUAGAGGGAUGCACGGUUGCCGUUUACUUUAGACUUACAAUAAUAUUUUUGUUAUCGAGUCUUUGUUGUUGACUUUUGUUGUAUGCUAAUUUGGGUUGUUUAUUAUGUUGCUAGGUUGAAAACAAUUUGUAUUUUCCUUUGUUAAACUUUUCUUUCUUUUGUAGGUUCUGUUUUGGAUUUGCUUUACCAUCAGUGGCCACUGGGUUCCCUGCACUGUGUGGAUGGCGGUGGAGAAAAGGUGGUUGGGAUUGUGUGGUGAUUUGGUCACUGUUGAUUUUUGUGUUUUUUUAGGUUGCAGUGUGAUUGCUGUGAGCUGAGUGUGGUGAAAACACUGCUGCUUGGGUACCUCAUCUGUCCUCACUUUCUGGGUAACCGGUGGCCAUUAGUGGUUUGUUUUUUCUUUUCUUUUAUUUAGUUUAUUUACUUUUUUUUCCUCCUUAUUUGCAAUAAAGAUGGAGACAAUUUGUAUAUUACAACUUGGGGAAUAAAAUAUAAUUGUCCUCCUAAUUGUAAGUCACUUCAUUUACCCUCUGCUAAAUCAUUAACACUGACAAAAGUCAUCUGGUCACAAUUGGCGUAGUCGGCAGGGUAUUUAAAAUUGAUUUAAUUUAGCAGAGGCUGUUGUGAAGUGUCUUACUCUAUCGAUUGUGCAACUUUAAAUGUUUUUGCAUAAGUUCAGUGUAAGUAAACGGUGACCGUGCAUAAAGGAUUUCGCAGACUCUGCUUUGUGGACCCUGGAUGUCAUUGUGCUGAUUGAACUGUCUUCCAGAAUUCACCAACAGAUAUGGAGCAAGAACUAAUGGACUUGAGGGAGCGGGUUCAAAGCUUACAAGCACAGAAUGAGGAGUUGAUGAGACUGCGUCCCCCAUCUAGCAGUGAUGCCCCUAGCCAACCUCACCCUUCUGUUUCUAAUGACCCAUCCUCAGUGUCUUUUAACAGAAUGCUUUAUGUGCCCCGAGAGAGGAAGUGCCCACGUUUUUAUGGGAACAUGGACUCUAACUUGAGUAUUGAGGACUGGAUUGACGAGGCUAAGGUGUGUAUUGAGGGUAGAGGUUGGGCUGAUAAAGAAAAGGUGGUCUUUCUGUUGGAUCAUCUUGGGGGAGAAGCUAGAAUGGAGGUAAAACUUCAUCCACCUGUUACUAGACAAACUCCAGAGUCUGUUUUUGAAGUUUUAAAAGAUUUGUAUGGGGGAAAACAGACAUUUGUACAAUUACAGCAGAGGUUUUAUGAGCGAAAACAGAAAGAAGGUGAAUCAUUGACUGAAUUUUCCCAUGCUUUAAUGUCAUUGAUGGAUUUGAUUCUUAAUAGUAAUCCAGGUAGUGUUCCCAAUUCCGAUAGAGUGCUUCGCGAUCAGUUUGUUGAAUAUGUCCAAGAUGUAACGCUGAAACGUGAGUUGAAACGACUUGUGAGGGAGAAGCCUUCUCUUACGUUGCUCGAGGUUCGACGUGAGGCUCUUAGAUGGGUAGAAGAGGGGAGCAGGGAAGCAACUCUUUCAUAUUCCCAGCCAUGGUGUAAUGCCACUCAAACCAGGGUAGUUGACCAGGAACCUAAGGUUAGAUUCCAGGAAUCAACAGAGUUAAAAGAAAUGAAAGAAAUGUUGAGACAGCAACAAGCACAAUUAAAUGAUCUUACCCAGCGUCUUGAUAGACUUAUGCCUACAAAGAAUGAUCCCCCUGCUGUUGCUUUACCAAGGCAAAAUACAUUGCGGCGAUGCCUACGUUGUAACAAAAUGGGGCACAUUGCCAGAUUUUGUCGUUCACCUUGGCCUACAGAGUCAAACUCCGGAUCACCUCAGGCAAAUGUAAAUGAGAUUUCAGUUGGGGAAUCCGAUACUGUAGCCCCUACUGCAAUUUUAAGCCAGAUUGUUGAAGGGACAAGGGAAGCUUCAAAGUCACCCGUUUGCCCUACUAUUUUACAGCGACUCGUGGGCAAAUGCCCUGUUGUAAAUGCACAGAUUGGGAUGGGAGUAGAUAUUUCUUGUUUGUUGGAUACAGGAUCCAUGGUAACCACGAUAACGGAGUCAUUUUUUGAGAAACAUUUCCAUCAAUUAGGGGUGAAUGGUCUUAAGAAAUGUAACUGGCUUCAAUUAAAAGCAGCUAAUGGCCUUGAGAUCCCCUAUGUGGGUUAUUUUGAAACCGACGUGAAAGUGUUGGGACAAACCCUUCGAGGACAGGGCAUUUUGGUUGUGAAAGAUCCAGUUGAUGUUUUUUUUCAUCAAAAGAAAGAAUUUACUCCUGGCCUCUUGGGCAUGAACAUUAUAGGACAAUGUUAUAAUGAUUUGUUUGAAAAACAUGGCCCAGCACUAUUUUCAGUUCCACAGGUUAGGCAGGCAGAACAAGGUUGGAGAGACGCCCUAUCCCAGUGUCACAGGGUGGAGGAUGCCCCUGUUCCUGGCUUUGUUGGGUAUGCCAGAGUGCAGUCCUGCCAACCUGUUCAGAUUCCAGCUGGAACUAUGAGGUUAGUGCCUGCUUUGUGCCCAAAGAAUAUACACAGUGGGACAGUAGUGGUUUUAGAACCCCAAAACCCAGAGAACGGGGGGUUACCUGCUGGAGUGCUAAUCUCAUCUGCUAUGCUGCAGUGUGUACAAGGUAUAGUUCAUGUACCUAUAGUUAAUGUCGGCACAGAACCUUUAUAUUUGCCCCCCAAAAUUAGAUUGGGUAGUUUGCUUAAUGUUGAAAUCAUAAGUUCAUCUCAGGGCAUUUUCUUUCAGGGUGAUAGGUCACAGGACCCUAAUGUAGUGGUUGUUCAGUGUCAUGCUGUUACAUCGGAGUCAAGCAUUGAUAUGCAAGGCGUAGAACUGUCUGGGCUUUCAGAGAUUGAGGAGGAGGAAGUUAAGAGAUUGUUAAUGAAAUAUUCAGACGUCUUUUCAAAACAUGAUGGCGAUUUGGGAUGUACAAAUUUAAUAGACCAUCAAAUCCCCUUAGUAGAUGAUACACCAGUACGCCAACGCUAUCGUAGAAUUCCCCCCAGUCAGUUUGAAGAUGUGAAGGCUCACAUUAGACAGUUGUUGGACAGCCACAUUAUUAGGGAGAGCAGUAGCCCAUAUGCCUCCCCAAUUGUAUUGGUGAAAAAGAAAGAUGGUUCUUUGAGGAUGUGUAUUGACUACCGCCAGCUGAAUGCCAGAACCCGUAAGGAUGCCUACCCUUUGCCAAGGAUAGAAGAGUCGCUGGAUGCAUUGACUGGAGCAAAGUGGUUUUCAACUUUGGAUCUGGCAAGUGGAUAUAAUCAGGUACCGGUAGCGGAAUCUGAUCGAUUCAAGACUGCUUUUUGUACCCCAUUUGGGCUGUUUGAAUUUAACAGGAUGCCAUUUGGACUGUGCAAUGCCCCAAGCACUUUUCAAAGAUUAAUGGAGAGAAUUUUUGGGGAUCAGAGUUUUCAGUCGCUGCUGCUCUACUUGGAUGAUGUGAUUGUUUUCUCAACAACUAUUAAGCAACAUAUUCAACGACUGGGGCUGGUGCUGGAUAGGCUGAGACAACAAAACCUUAAGAUAAAACUCAGUAAAUGUUGCUUUUUCCGGUCAGAAGUACGUUAUUUGGGGCAUGUGGUCUCUUCCACUGGGGUUAGCACAGAUCCAGAGAAGAUAUCGGCCGUAGCUAAGUGGAAUCAGCCACAAAGUCUUCAAGAACUCAGAUCUUUCCUUGGCUUUGCUAGCUACUAUCGACGGUUUGUAAAGGACUUUUCAAAAAUGGCUGGACCCUUGAAUGCAUUGGUAGCGGAGCUGAUUAGGGGGCAAAAGAGUAAACGACCUAAGAUUAACCUGGGGUCCAAUUGGACUGAUUCUUGUGAACAUGCUUUCCAAGCCCUUAAAAUGGCUCUGACUAACGCUCCUGUUCUGGCUUAUGCUGAUUUUAGUAAGCCCUUUAUUCUAGACAUUGAUGCAAGUCACCAAGGUCUGGGCGCUGUGUUGUCUCAAGAACAUGGAGGUAAAAAUCGACCAGUGGCUUUUGCAAGCCGUGGAUUGCGACCACCUGAACGUAACAUGCAAAAUUACAGCUCUAUGAAAUUGGAGUUUUUGGCCCUGAAAUGGGCUGUUACAGAAAAGUUCAGGGAGUACUUGUUGGGCCAGAAGUGCUUUGUGUAUACUGAUAAUAAUCCACUUAGCCACUUGCAGACUGCAAAGUUGGGAGCAUUGGAACAGCGUUGGGCUAAUCAACUGGCAGAUUUCGAUCUGGAAAUAAAAUACAAGCCUGGACGUUCAAAUGUUAAUGCUGAUGCUCUUUCUAGAAAAACCCCAUCUGUGGUUGAACUUGCUUUAACGACUCCAGUGCCAAAGGAGUUACAUCAGUAUGGUCCCAACAGUUGUCACACAGUUGCCAGUGAAACCAUGUCUGUCUUUCCAGAACAGCCUAGGGAAGAUCUUGGUGCGUUACAGGAAGCGGAUCCUGCGAUUGGGCGUUUUCUUGUUUAUUGGAAUCGCCAAAAGACCCCUGAUGCACAAGAGAGAGCAAUGGAGUCAUCAGAGGUGCUGGAACUCGUGCGGCAGUGGGGGAAGCUGGUGAAGAUGGAGGGAGUGUUGUACCGAAAGUUUCAUCCUCAAGAGGAACAUCGAGAAAUCCGCCAGGUUGUAUUACCAUCUGUACUCAGGGAAAGAGUCUUGGCCAGUCUACAUGAUGAUCAUGGGCAUCAAGGCAUUGAACGGACCGCAAGUUUAGUGAGAACUCGUUGUUAUUGGCCAGGUAUGUUUAAGUUUAUUGAGGAAUGGUGCAAGAGAUGUCAGCGUUGCACUCUGGCUAAAGUGGUACGACCAAGAGUGCGAAGUUUCAUGGGGCACCUGAUGGCAGAGAGACCAUUGGACAUCCUGGCUAUUGACUUCACAUUACUGGAACCUGCAUCAAAUGGGCUUGAAAAUGUACUAGUUAUGACUGAUGUGUUUUCAAAGUUCUCACAAGCUAUCCCAACUAAAGAUCAAACUGCAGUAACAGUGGCACGUGUUUUAGUGGAGCGUUGGUUCUACUUGUUUGGAGUACCACGACAAAUCCAUUCCGACCAAGGAAGGUGCUUUGAAAGCAAGUUGAUCUACGAGUUAUGCAAACUAUAUGGCAUUUCAAAGACUCGCACCACACCUUACCGACCACAAGGAAAUGGGCAAUGCGAAAGGUUUAAUAGAACCAUGCAUGAUUUGCUUCGUACAUUGCCACCAAAGGAAAAGUGUCGCUGGCCAGACCAUCUUGCUCAGGUAGUCUUUGCGUACAAUACCACAGAGCAUCAAUCUACUGGGUACUCUCCUCAUGUCCUUAUGUUUGGGCAGGAGCCACACUUGCCAGUCGAUUUUCUGUUGGGAUUGGAUGAUGGUUUCCAGAGUGACGUAGACUGGAUGGUGUACCAUAAGGACAACUUGGAAAGAAUAUUCAACAAUGCCCGAGCUCGUCUUCAGUGUGCCACAGAACAUCGUGCUCGAACAAAUGACCAGCUUGUGCGACAGGAGAAGCUAAAAGAAGGCCAGCUUGUGUAUCGAAGAGCUCACAACAUAAAAGGCAGGAACAAGAUUCAAGAUGCUUGGGAUUCAACCCCUUACAAAGUAGUGCGGUGCCUUGAUGAACUUGGAGCUGUGUAUGCUAUUGUUCCUGUAGAAGGUGGCAAUAUUAGAAACCUCCAUCGUUCUGAACUGCGUCCAGCCUAUACCCCCCCAAAUGAUUUUGGCCUUUUAGAUCAGGCAGACUAUCAAGAAAACUUCACUGAUGAAGAGGGAGAUAUUGUAAUGAUGUCCCUGAGGCCUGGGGGUGUGUUAUCCCAAGAAAAAGUUAUUCCGCAACCUAGAACACAAAUAAUAGAAGAUAUGAGUCCAUCUUUACCUGUAGUGGUUGAUGUGGAGGAUCAGUCUGCUCCACGGCCGGAAGGAGCGGUUGUAAGGCGUACGAGAAGAGCAAGAGCUGGACAGCAUUCAAACCCAUACCAUCUUCCUCGGCCUGUACAUGUCAGUGAAGCUGAGUUGCAUAGCCAUGUUGCUCUUCCAGUAACGGGGCUGUCCAGCAAUGUUCUAAAUGGUUUGUUUCGCCCAUGGUUGUAGUGGUUUAAGUUAAUCGACGAGACGUCGAUUUAAAUUUUGGGGGGUAGAUUGUAAUGAGACCAUGUCUGGGCACUACAAGUCCCAGCAGGCUUAGCGCCAUGCAAGGAAGUGUUGUUGUUUAUGUGCGGACACUUUAUUUCCUGAUUGCGGCGUAAAUUAACAACAGGUUGUAGAUUGCUCAGCGCUAUAUAAGUGAGUCAAAGUUUGUUUGCCAUUUUGCUGUCGUUGUUGCAUUCUGGUCGCGGCACGUAAAGGCCGGUAGGUAGUAAGUUUAUUUGUGUGAUGUGCGGUCUCUCUCUCUUUCUCGCGGAGUUUCCUUUUUUUAACGCAUGCAUAAACUGACAUUUAUAGAGUCCACACUUCACGUGAGGGGUAGCUGAUGAGCAAACAACAUUUAAUGCUGCCAGAUCUUCAUAGCGAACUUAUUUAAAGAGUGCUAUUACGGGAUCAUUGUUUGCUGAUUGUUGCCUGAGUGUCAGCAUGGGAAAUUAAGGAUCUUAGAGGUUCUGUUUUGGAUUUGCUUUACCAUCAGUGGCCACUGGGUUCCCUGCACUGUGUGGAUGGCGGUGGAGAAAAGGUGGUUGGGAUUGUGUGGUGAUUUGGUCACUGUUGAUUUUUGUGUUUUUUUAGGUUGCAGUGUGAUUGCUGUGAGCUGAGUGUGGUGAAAACACUGCUGCUUGGGUACCUCAUCUGUCCUCACUUUCUGGGUAACCGGUGGCCAUUAGUGGUUUGUUUUUUCUUUUCUUUUAUUUAGUUUAUUUACUUUUUUUUCCUCCUUAUUUGCAAUAAAGAUGGAGACAAUUUGUAUAUUACAACUUGGGGAAUAAAAUAUAAUUGUCCUCCUAAUUGUAAGUCACUUCAUUUACCCUCUGCUAAAUCAUUAACACUGACAAAAGUCAUCUGGUCACAGUAUGUUUAAAACGAGCUGAACUGAUCAGUGUCACAUCUUGAGAAACAUCGUCUCUAAUUCACUGAAAGGAGGAGAUUCUAGUAAACGAAACAUGUUGGGGAAUUGUGGUUUUUCUUCUGAAAACUGAAGGUGUCUAGGGAGAUAUCAGUCAUAAUUAAUCUGCUUACAGACAGAAUUGAUAGAUACGUUCACUCCCCAGAGGUGUCAUUCUGUGUGUAUGUGUGUGUGUGUGUGUGUGUGUGGGUGUGCGUCAGUUGACAGUUUUUCACUUCCCCUUUCACACUUUCACAAUAUUGCUUCUUUAAAGCACUGUUUACCAAAAAAACUUAUAUUUCCGGUCUACGAAAAUAGCCUGUAACUUGUAACUGUAACUUAGCUCCAUCAUCAGAUGUUUCAUUUAGCAUUUUCAGUUGUCGUUUAUUGUGACCUGAAAUGUCUUUGCAGCACAUAAGCAUGAUCUAGUUCAGCAGAAUAAUAGUGGUCCAAACAAAGCCUUUCCGACAUUCACAAACAGACUGAAAUCCAGCAUACAGACAGACACACACAACAAGCUUCACUUGUUUCCCAAGGUGCUUCCUUCUUUUAGUUCCCUGACAAAACAGUUUAUUUCUUCAGAAUUUUGUUCACAAACCCCUGCCCUCACAGCAAAGUCAAUCUUCAAUUGCAAAUAUUAGAAAGUCACAUUUGGGCAGCUGUGAAAUGUGCUGUGGCUAAAUAUGUUUUCCGUGGGCUAGAUAUGAAAUAGAGAUAAUGCUAAGGUAAUGAGCAUUGUAAUGUAAUCCAUGUUGAAUUUCUCAAUGACAUGCAAGCAAACAACCAAAUAAAAUUUUCAUGAAAUAAAAAAAAGAAUUGAUUUCCUUCAUGUCAGAUGAGGCUUUCAACUUCCUAAUUCCACAAUGCAAAAUGGAGGCAAAACCUCUCAAAUAAAAACAAUUUUUUUACAUCAUUGAAAAAUUACAAUU